CCAGCAACUUCCCCCAAAAAGCACCGGCUUUGGAAGGAAACCAGCAAAUUGCCGAAAAAGCAGCAGAUUUGCAAAGGAAACCCGGCAAGUUUCUGAAGAAGCAGUGGAGUAGCACGGCAAAAAACCAAAACAAACCCCAAGUUUCCGAAAAAGUGCGUUUUUAAAGAAAAACCAAGCCGGUUUCCCAACGGCCGCCAGCGAAGGAAGCAUUAUCCUGACAGUUCUGCUGCCAGACACUAAUAAACCUCCCUCGGCCGAGCUGAGCGCCAGAGACCAUGGAUGCGCGGCGCUGGAGGGGUCUCCCACCCGGGAAUCUUUCCGACUGUCCCAACGGCUCCCGCUGGGUGAUGGAUGUGUUCAACGAAUGCGCCCAGGACGGCCGGGACAUGGCCAGCAUCGUCCUGGGUCUGGUUUCCAUCUUCUGCUUUGCAGCUGCCUCUUUUCCGCAGUUUUACCAAGCCUGCAAAACGGGCGUCAUGGACCAGGCUCUCUCCAUAUAUUUCCUGCUGGGAUGGCUGGGUGGAGACCUUCUAAACCUCAUUGGUUCCUUCCUGGCCGAUCAGUUGCCACUGCAGGUUUACACGGCUGUUUACUACGUGCUCGCUGACCUGGUGAUGCUGUCUCUCUACUGCUACUACAAAGCGAAGAACCGGGGUGGAGGAUUCACCGCUCUGAUCAACGCAGCCUUCGUCUUCCUUUCCCUGGGGACGGUGUCGACCGUCUCCUUCCUGGGCAGAGGUGCUGCCUCUGUGCAGGACCCGGUGACGUUUAAAGGGAGGUCGCUGCUCUCUGCUCACAUGGAUGAGCCUGGGUUGAAGCCCCCCCUUGCCUUGCAGCCUUUCACCAGGAGCGAGAUCAUUGGCUUCACUAUCGGCUCAGUCUCCUCCGUGCUGUACCUGUGCUCCCGAAUCCCCCAGAUCUACACUAACUACAAGAGGAAAUCCACCAUCGGGGUCUCCUAUUCUCUCUUUGCCCUGGUGAUGCUGGGGAACUUGCUCUACGGCCUCAGCGUCCUCCUGAAGAACCCUGAGCAGGGGCAAAGCGAAGGCGACUACGUCCUGCACCACCUCCCCUGGCUGGUGGGCAGCCUGGGCGUCCUUUCCCUCGACGUGGUUAUCUCCUUCCAGUUCCUUGCUUAUCGCAGAGAAAGACCUGGUAGUGGCGAAGAGAGGGGUGCUCUUCUUGGCGAGCAGGGUGAUGGCUUGGAGAGCUGACGAAAGGACCUGCCCUGGAGCAAGAACAGGAUGAUGCGGACGAGAAAGCUGGCCCUAAAGCCGGGCAAACCGGCCCCUCCAUCCGGGCGGCUCUUGGGAGAAGAGGACUCAGCUAGUGGGUGACCUGUUGUGCUGCUGAGAUGCUAAGCCCAGCCAGGUGGCAGGGGAUGCUGCUGAGAGACCUCAUGCCUCUUUGAUACCAAUGAUGCUAUCGGGAUAAACAGGGAAUUAUUUGAUACCUCAGAAGGUCACUUUUUGCUGCUCUUAGGCCCCACAGCUGAGCCCGGUCACUUCUGCUUCACCUGCUGUCUCUCCAGGGUGAUCUGGAGCUUCCUUGGUACUGGCAAACGUGGGAAGAGGGGACAGUGAUGACCGACCUGCCACGAGCACCGCUUACCUGUGCGGGCCUCGCGUCUCCACCACUGAGCUCUUGCUGGAAGAUACAGCAGUGACUGGAACCAGUUCAGGAGGAGGAAGGGAAGGAGCGGCGUAACCAAAGUGUUUCGGUUCACACACACAUUUUAAUACCUCACGCAUCUGUAAAACAAGUC